GUUUUUAACUACUAUCAGCUGAACCAGAGCCAUUCUGAACCGAGCCGGACCAACGCUGAACAUCUGAAGAAACAGGUUCACUCCAGUCCGGUGCAGUCAUGCAGUCCCUGACUGCAGAGAUCCAGAGUUUCUCUCGGACGCGGCUGAGGAAGCAGUGCACCCGCGUGACGUCACUGAGCGGCCGACGCAUCAUCGAGACCUGGAAGGGUUCUACGAUCACUGUGGUGGAAGACCCCGUCACCCCGGAGAAGAUCCUGGGAUACGUCCCCGACACUUCCUGGGACCUGCAGGUCGGCAUCGUCAAGCCCUACCUGCUGCUGGGUUCUCAAGAUGCUGCACAUGACUUUGGCACUCUGAAAAAACACAAGGUGUCUCACAUCCUGAACGUGGCCUUCGGGGUGGAGAACGCGUUCCCCGACCUGUUCAUCUAUAAGACCGUCAGUAUCCUGGAUCAUCCCGACGCUGACGUGCUGCUUCACAUCCAGGACUGCUGUGACUUCAUCCAGCAGGCUCGCAGUGAGAAAGGCGUGGUGUUGGUCCACUGUAACGCCGGCGUGUCCCGGGCACCAGCCGUGGUCAUUGGCUACCUGAUGUCAUGCGAAGGGCAGACGUUCGACGCCGCCCUCUCAUUGGUCAAAUCAGCUCGGGGCGCCUCGUCCCCCAACCCCGGCUUCCUGGAACAACUGCGUAGCUACAAAACGCCGACGAUCAACGGAUCCAAACACUGAGGCAGCAACAGAAAUGCUCGAGGCGGUCAGACAGUUUAAGAACCAAAAAAAGUUUGAUUUUAUUCAGAAAUGUCAUUUCAGGUCAUUCCAAGAACUGAAAUAAGUCAUAUUUAGGAUUUUUACAGAUCUUCUUUUUUUCCAGCUCUUGUUAAAUGGUCCAGAAUAAUCAGACCAGAUGAUUCAACAGGUUGAUAUAAAAUACUGCACACCACUUAAACCCUUUAAAAUAGUUUUAGUUUUGAGACAAAAAGACAUUAUUUUCUUGCUUGCGUGUUAUGUCUUCUUCGUGUUUUGGUGCUGUCGUUCUUUGAGUCAUCUCUGUGUUUUGUUAAAUUAGAUUUAGUCUCUAUGGGGGGGGAACCCAUUCCCUCACUGUUUCGGAGCGGUGGGCAGCCACGAACUCCAGAAUGUUUGAUUUCUAAACAUAAAAAAAUGAAUAAAAACUUCAGAAGCAGAAA